AAUCGUUUAAAAAUUGUGAUAAAUGGUUGCACGGUUUCCAAAUGAUUCAUUCACUUGCUUUGUAUAAAUAUACACUAAAAGAUAUUCAACACUUUUAGUUUAAUGAUAAAAGUGAACCGGUGAUAAACUAUAGUUUAGUUUUAGUAAGUGACUAUCUUUUUCUUAACCAUGGUGAUCAUGAAUUUAAAUUUAGUGAAGAGGUUGAUGACAAAAUUUGCAAACCGUCCUUUUAUAGAACGAACCCUAAAAUAUAGAUAUUACUCAAGCCAGACAGAAGUUAGUCGAAAGUACGAUAAAAAUGACGCCAUCCAAUUUAAAUCUAUGUUCAAACAAUUUGCAAGCGACCUCUUGGAAGAUGUCCGAAAAUAUGACACUACGUUUGCUCCCAGUUGGUUUGAGAGGUCAUUGCAGUAUAACGUGAAUGGCGGUAAACUCAACAGAGGCCAAAUGACGGUGAUUGCAUACAAAAUCCUUGCUGAUGAUAGUCAACUCACCGUAGAAAAUAUAGAGCUGGCUCGAAAGAUCGGAUGGGUCUCAGAACUCUUUGAGGCUGCACUCUUUAUGGUUGACGACAUUAUUGAUGGAAGCGAAAUUCGACGCAAUAUGCCUUGUUGGCAUACCUUAUCAGAUGUGAAAAUGCAAUCAAUCAAUGAUAUGUUAAUGCUGGAAAACGGGACUUUUGUAGCUCUCCGCAGAUACAUUGGUCAUAAGAACUACUAUCCUCGUAUAUUUCAGAUGUUCUCAGAGGCUUUAUUUGUUACAUCCCUCGGCCAAACACUAGACACCCUUAUCACAAGAGAGAACGUUAUAAAUCAAACGAUGGAGCGAUUCCAAGGGAUAGUUCAAUAUAAAACCUGCCAUUCGGCUUUUUAUCUACCUGUUGCCUUUGCUUUGGAAAUGUGUGGUUACAAACAUCCGGGUAUAUACGAGGAUGCCAAAAAAGUUCUAGUUGCAAUUGGGCUUUUUUUCCAAGCAAGGAAUGACUACUUAGACUGCUUUGGUGAACUCACUGAGACCGGCAAGGAAGGAACGGAUAUUCAAGAAAACAAAGUUUCUUGGAUGGCCAUAACUGCCUUAAAUAAAGUAAAUGAAAAACAAAAGGAAAUAAUGCAAAGCUGCUAUGGACAAAAAGAUCCGAGCAAAGUUGCCAAAGUUAUCUCUUUAUAUAAAGAGUUGGGCAUUGAUAAGGAUUUCCUUGAGUAUGAGAAAGAAUCUUAUGAAAGAAUCAAUAAUAUGAUCCAAGGUUCGACUUUUUACAAUUUGAAACCUUUGUUACAGAUGAUAUGGGACACUAUUUAUCAUAAGAAAAUAUGGUAGAAUACAUUUCUGGCCAAGUUUUGUUGAUUUUG